AUGAGAUCGUGGGCAUUGCUGGGCGUGGUGCUCGUCGUCGGGUCACAGGCCAGCAUGAAGCGGCCGACCGGCCUUCGGCGCCAAAUCGAGAGCGCCAUGGAUCUAUGGGAGGACUAUAAGAUUGAGUACAAGAAAGAAUAUGACGAAGAUGAGGAGACGGGCGCGAUGGAGGCCUUUGUCAAGAACGUGAUUCACAUCGACCGCCACAACAAGGAAUUCCGCGAAGGCAAGAAGACGUUCGAGAUGGGCCUCAACCACAUUGCCGACCUGUCGAAGGACGACUACAAGAAGCUGAACGGCUUCCGGACGCGUUUCCCCGGCGAUCGCCUUGGCCAGCGCCCCGAGUUCAACAACGCCUCGAUGUGGAUGGCGCCGAUGAACGUGGUUGCACCGGAUGAGGUCGACUGGAGGGAGGAGGGAUACGUGACUCCCGUCAAGAACCAGGGAAUGUGCGGAUCGUGCUGGUCGUUCAGUGCCACCGGAGCCCUCGAGGGACAGCACAAGCGCAAGACCGGACAGCUCGUUUCGCUUUCUGAGCAGAACUUGGUGGACUGCUCGUCGAAGCAGGGCAACCACGGCUGCGAGGGCGGCUUCAUGGACUGGGCCUUCGAGUACGUCAAGCAGAACCACGGAAUCGACACCGAGGAGAGCUACCCCUACACUGGACAUCAAGGCAAGUGCCACUUCAACAAGAAGACGAUCGGCGCCGACGACACCGGAUAUACCGAUCUGCCCGAGGGAGAUGAGGAGGCGCUGAAGCUUGCCCUCGCCACCGUAGGCCCGAUCUCGAUUGCCAUCGACGCCGGCCACCGCUCCUUCCAGAUGUACAAGAAGGGAGUCUACUAUGAGCCCCAGUGCUCCCCCGAAGAGCUCGACCACGGUGUGCUCCUCGUUGGAUAUGGUACCGAUCCGGAGGGCGGAGACUACUGGCUUGUCAAGAACAGUUGGGGCGAAGGCUGGGGCGAGAAGGGCUUCAUCAAGAUGGCGCGCAACAAGAACAACCACUGCGGCGUCGCCACCAAGGCCAGCUUCCCCAACGUC